AUAGACACCGAAUAUCGCGGAAGAAAAAACAUUUUGAAGGACAUUUAAUCUGUACAAUAUCGAAAAUAAAAUUCAUGUAACCACACGUUUGUAUGUGUUUGGCGAUUGCUAAUCUGAAUUGUGUGAAUUGAUGCAUGUUUAAGUACGAGUUUCUUAUUAAAGUGAAUUGGAUAUCAUGUGCUUUUCUGAGAAAUAUGAUUCGAAGAGGAUAUCUAAUUUGAAGAACAUCAGACCUAGAUUUUCAUGGCACUAUGUACGUGACGUAUAACUAGAGUUGUUUCACUGAAAAGCAAGUUUGAAGAGCGAUGAAAAGGAUUUAAACCUGACCUGAAAGGUUGCUCUAAGCGGGCCCAGACUUACGGCACACAGGAAAAGACAUGAAAGAGUAAAUUGGCAGGUUACCCAGAGCAUCCUAUAUUUGGGAAUAUGUAUAAUCGAAAUGACCUCGGUCAGUUCGAGAAGCAUCUGGACUUUCGAAGAUAUCCAGAGGACUUUGAUUAUGAGAGUCGCCCAAGAGUGCCUUUUGGGGAGCUGUACGUGGAUGAAGAUUUUCCUUUCGAAGUGGCAAUGGGUAGACCUAGAGGCUUUGGCAGACGACAACUUGAUUGGAAACGCCCGCCGGAGUUUGCCAGUGAUCCCUGUCUGUUUUCGAAAGGACAUAGUCGCUAUGACAUAGGACAGGGAUCCAUAGGAACUUGCUGGUUCCUGGCUUCGGUGGCUAACGUUGCAGAUAAGCCUCAGCUUCUUAGAAGGAUUAUUCCAGAUGACUCUUACCCCGUGGGAACCCCGAGGUAUGAUGGCGUCUUCCAUUGCCGGUUUUGGAGAUUCGGUCGAUGGGAUGACGUCUUUAUUGACGAUUACCUUCCCGUCAUUUUUGGAGAUCAGAUUUACUCCGCUCAUUCCGAAACAGACCCUAAUGAAAUGUGGGUUUCCUUACUGGAAAAGGCUUUCGCAAGGAUGUACGGGAGCUACCCUGAGGUGUCUGGGGGUACGGCGGCUGACUCCUACAUGGCAUUAACCGGGGGAAUCCCAGAAGACAUUGACCUUAAGAAAAUGUCCAUGGAUCCUGAUCAACUCCACACACGUGUCAGGAACGCACUUUCUUCAGGGGCCGCCAUUACUUGCUCUGUUCCGUCAGAGUUUAACAACAAAUAUGGUUUAAUAGGACCACACGAAUACACAAUCAAUGGUGCCGUUAUGGCAAAUGGAGUUCGGUUAUUUCGGUUAAGGAAUCCUUGGGGUGAAAAGGAGUGGACAGGACCCUACAGCGACGGGAGUCCUGAGUGGAAAAAAUAUACAAAGAAAAAUCACUGGACCACUUUCUUUAUUUCUUUUUCAGACAACAAACAAUACUGUACAUCUCUCUACGGGAAAUGGGAGGGAAAAGAGGCAGCAGGAUUCAGAGAGAAGACAAAAAAUCCAAAGUUCCAGUUUACAGUUGAUGAAUCAAGUGCUGAUAUAAACGGAAACAUACCCUUUGUCGUACAGAUAAUACAGCGUACAAAACAAAGAAAGACAAGAAAACUAGGCAUUCGAGCUGACCUUUAUAGGGUUCUGGGAGGCGGAUCCAAUGACCUCUUAGUUCUCGAAGAAGAGGGAAUCCCAAGUAAAAAUAACUUUUAUCUUGGAAGUGUCCAGACAUCUUUCCGAUUCACUUUAAAGCCAGGAAAAUACGUUUGCAUACCAUCCACCGGGGAUAAGGGCAAGGAGAAGGAAUUCUUACUGCGGCUUUACAGUGCUGGUCCACUGAGGAAUAUCAUAAAAGUGGACACUGACACAACCGUCCUGACCUGCGAUAAAGACGGAGCAGAACAGUACAGUCAUUUGAAGUGCAUCACGGGUCAAUGGAGAGCAGGGUCAAAUGCAGGAGGCCAGAUUAGAUACGACAGUUUCCAUACUAACCCACAACUAAAGAUUGCCAUUCCACGCACACAGAAAGUAAAGCUACAGCUGUUAUCAGAUCCAAACUAUCCUAUUGGCAUCAAAAUGUUUAAGGUAGGAUUUACAGUCUCCACAACUGAUACUCAUUAUUUCCUACAAAGCACGCUCCCUGUUUGUGUUAUCAUUUUUAUUAGAAAUUGCAUCACAUUUAUUUAGAGUUUGGAAAUAUAGCGCAUAAUUUAUAAGCGGUGAA